CAAAGGUAAGACACACUUCAGGUCAACGGAUUCAGCUGCAGCCAAAACACCUGCUCUACUUAUGAACUGGCUUGUAGCUGCGCUUACUGUGUGCGUCCUCGCACCCACCGCCCACUGUGCCUCAAACGCCAUAGCCUGGUGUUAUCAUCUGCCAAGCUGCAAUGAUGCUACCUGGCCAACUAUUGCUACUAAAUUUUGCAAUGGCACCCGACAGUCACCCAUUAACAUCGUCUCAGCGUCUGCCAAACCCAACUCCAACCUGACUGCAUUCACCUUUAAUAACUACAACAGCAGCACCGCCCUGAAAAAGAUCCAAAACUCUGAAAACACAGUCAAAGUCACCUUUGGAAGCGGUGUUGGCAUUUCAGGAGGAGAUCUGUCCGAGGCCUACGACAGCCUGCAGUUCCACUUGCACUGGGGUAAUGGCUCCUCUUCCCCCGGCUCCGAGCACACCGUGGAUGGCAAGCGCUAUCCCAUGGAGUUACACAUUGUAAACAUCAAGUCCUCCUAUAAAGGGAACACAACUCAAGCUAUUGCAGACUCUACAGGACUUGCUGCUCUUGGUUUCUUCAUUGAGGAAAUGUCAGGUAAUGCUACUGGCCAGCCUGCAAGCUGGCGCACCUUGACCUCCUACCUGGCCAACAUCACAAACAGUGGCCAGUCUGUUCCAAUGGCACCUGGAAUUUCACUGGAUGAUCUCCUGGUCGGGGUGGAUCGCACCAGGUAUUACCGCUACCUUGGCUCCUUGACCACCCCUGCUUGCAAUGAGGCUGUGGUUUGGACUGUGUUCAAGGACUCAAUCAAAGUCAGCAAAGAUUUGAUUGAUCUCUUCAGCACAACAUUACACGUCUCCAACAGCACAUCACCUUUAAUGAUAAAUGUCUUCAGAAACAUCCAGCCAGCGCUACCAGUUACAACACAGCGUGCCAGCAGCAGCUCCACCUCCACAACCUGCUACUCUCUGGCGCUGAUGGCCCUGAGCCUUGUCCUGGGGAGGAGUUGGAGCCAAUGAACGACUAAUGAAAAACCACAGCUGUGGUGUCUCAGGAAUUAAGGUGUUGCUGGUAAACUUGUUAGCAAUUAAGGUUACGCACUCUUCAUCAUUUUUCCCUUUGAUUCCCUUUAGCCUUGUCCAAAUUGUUAAUACAUAUGCACUGUUUAUUAGUGCUGUCAAUUCAGGAUGCACAUAAGAUUGAGCUUUAACGUCGCAAGAACUUUGUUGCUUUCCAAUGUAGCGCUAUAUAUUAAUAGUUCAAAAACAUAUCAAAUCUGAUGAUGACUGCCUCGGUCUUAUGUGGUUGUCCAUCAAAUUGCUUCCAGGGUUAUGACAAGCUGCAAAGAAUUAUUUAUCCAUAAUCACAUUUAAUCUGCUUGGGCCUCUUGCAUACUGUAUUUGUUAAGCAUGAUACGCACAAGAAUUUAAUAUUUUGUUUUGUCGUAUGAAUAAUUCAGGCACAGCUCAUGUCUGUUUUUUGAGCUGCCAAAGCUACAUUCAGGUGCCUGAAAAAAGGAUAAUAAGUUUACUGGGUAGGUGUUGUAAUGGUAGUUUGGAAAUCCAGCAAUGUAAUCUGAGUGUGACAGUAUUUAAUGUUGGCAUUUAUUAGUCUAGAGAGUUAGUUUUUUUUAUUUUUAGUUUUUUUUUAAUAUUGUGUUUUCAGAUAACUAUUAGCAGUUGAAAAUGUAGCCACAUUGCCAAGCUGAGCACUCCAAAUGAAACCUGUACUGCCUCUUUCAGUUGGUGUGAUGAAGGAUUGACUCAAUCGAAUGAACACCUUUAUUUAUCACAAUAAUAUGCAUUACAUUUUUCCUUCUGCCCUGUGUUGCAUAUUUGCACAUGUAACAGAACUGUGACCUCUUGAUCUUGUUUAGUGUUUCUAAAUUAAAUUUUGGUGUCUAUCUCUUUUCUUAAGUCAUCUUAGUUUUACUUUAAUAAUGUGGAACAAACAUAAAACAUUUUGUAUGAAUGAAUGGAAAAUUUGUAAUUAAAAUUUUUUUUUAAACUGCA